AUGCGAGCAGAGGAGGGCUUCCAGUUCCAGCCCUUCCGCGUGGGCAACCCCUGGGGCGAGGACGCCGCGCUCCGCCUCACCAUCCUCCGCCUCAUGCUCACAAACGGCCUCGACGCACCCACCGUCUCGCGCCUCUUUGAAAGCCUCCACUCCUUCGGUGCCAGGUGCGCCGGGCCGUACGCCGACAUCGCAGCCACCCUCGACAACCCCACCCAGGAACCCACGUUGGUCCAGUACGACGCUUGGGGCAGGCGUGUAGACCGCCUCGUCACUGGCCAGGGAUGGCAGCGCCUCAAGGCCGUCGCCGCUGCAGAAGGCAUCGUCGCAGAGAGCUACGACACCGAGAAUGCCCGCCAGGGACAGGGCAGAGCACGCCUGGGCCAGUUCGCCCGCCUCUUUGCCUUCGCGCGCAUCGUCAUGUUCGGCCCCGUCAGCAAGGUCGUCCUCUGCCCCGUCAGUAUGAGCGACGGUGCGGUCCGCGUGCUCGAGCUCCACGGCACUCCAGCCCAACGCGCCUUCAUCCCGCGCCUCUGCUCCAUCGACCCGCACCUCAACUACACGGCAGGCCAGUGGAUGACUGAGCGACCAGGUGGAUCAGACGUCUCUCGUACAGAGACCGUCGCCCGGCCCCUCGACCCUCACAACACGGCCCCCAAGAAGGGCGACAAGUUUGUCAUUGACGGCUUCAAGUGGUUCAGCAGCGCCACCGACGGCGACAUCGCCCUCGCCCUGGCUCGCACCGACCCCGACGUGUCCAAGGGCACGCGUGGCAUGUCGCUCUUCCUGAUCAAGAUCCGCGACGACGAGACGGGCAAGCUCAAUGGCAUCCGCGUCCACCGGCUCAAGCGCAAGCUCGGCACAAAGUACCUCCCUACCGCUGAGCUCGAGCUCAACGGCUGCAUCGGCGAGUUGGUGGGCGAGCUGGGGCGCGGCGUCGCCACCAUCUCGUCGGUGCUCAACAUCACCCGUCUCUACUCGGCCUCGGGCGCCGUGGGUGGCCUCUCCUGGGGCCUUCGCAGCGCUACGGCCUACGCCCAGACAAGACCGGCGCUGGGUGGCAGUCAGCUCUCGCAGCUCCCGCUCCAUACCGACCAGCUGCUCAAGGUCACCGUCCUCUACCGCACCUUCCUGCAGGUCUUCUUCUCCAACGCGCUCUUGAUGGGCGCCUCCGAGUCGGGAGAGGCUACGGACCGGCAGAAGAUGCGGCUGCGGCUGCUGACGCCCGCGCUCAAGGCGUUUAUCGCGACCCGGGCCAGCGAGGCGUACCUCACGCUGAUCGAGAGCUUCGGUGGGCAGGGCUACAUGGAAGAGGUGGGCAUGGGCGAGAUGCUGCGCGAUCUGACCGUCGAGAGGAUCUGGGAAGGCACGCCGGCCGUCCUCUCGCUUGACGUGCUGCGCGUCGUGACGCAGAGCAAGGGCCGUGCGCUGCGGGAAUUCCUCGAGGACGCCGUCGCCGCCCUUUCUUCGCUGCCUGCCGGCAUCCGACAGCGGUUGAGCAAGGAUAUCGAGCAGGUCUCGGACGCCGUCGCCAAGACGGCGGGAGUCGUGCAGUCGCUCGAUCUGGCGCGGCACAUGUCGAGCAACGAUCUCCGCUUCACCCGGCCGCUGCUGGACGUCGUCAUGGCCAUCAACGCUUCGGUGGGGCUGCUCGAGCACGCCGCGUGGCUAUCGGAGCCAGCAUCGGUCGAUCCGCUCGACAUUGUUCGGCUGGCACGCCUGGGCGGACGGGACGACCUGUCGGCGCAGGCGGCUCAGCAGGAGGAGAUGGCACGGCUGUGGAUCAGCGGUGGACACGGCGACCUCGCCAGGCUGCUCGACCAGCUCGCCUCGACGGUCCAGGACGACGCGGGCAAGACGGUCCGGCUGGCCAGUAGCAGCGUGUAUUCGUGGGGCGAGCGGGGGAACGCCGAUGCCGGUGUUGCUGCUGCAGAGUCCAAGUCGACGUCGACGCCGGCCGCGUCCAGAACGGUGCCUCUGGAACAGGCGGGUGGUGCCUAUGCCCUCAAGGCAAAGUCUCGUCUCUGA